AUGGCUUAUCCUGUUUAUACUGAAUCGUUAUCAUUUGGAGGCUCAGAACAUGGCCAGGGUCAACAAGUUCUGCCAUUUCAGGCAGCCAACGGCUCUCUGAAGGUGUCUCUUUUACAUGGUAACUUAGCUAUUUGGGUCAUGAAGGCCAAAAAGCUUCCUAAUAUGGAUAUGCUUCACAAGACUCUCGGAGACGUGUUUUUAAGAUUGCCUAGCAGACUUAGCAGCAAAAGUGAAGGGAAAACAUCUGAUGAAAUAACCAGUGAUCCAUAUGUGACAAUAUCAGUAGCAGGUGCUGUAGUUGGGAGGACUUUUGUGAUCAGUAAUAGCGAAAACCCAGUUUGGGAGCAGCAUUUUGAUGUUCCUGUUGCCCAUUAUGCUUCAGAAGUCCAUUUUGUUGUGAAAGACAGUGAUGUUGUGGGCUCCCAGAUCAUAGGUGCUGUAGGAAUCCCAGUUGAACGAUUAGUUUCUGGCAUGAAAGUUGAGGGAACCUUUCCAAUCCUUAAUUCCAACGGGAAAAUAUGUAAGCCUGGAGCUACUUUGACUCUAUCAAUACAAUAUACCCCAAUUGAAAAUUUGACCUUUUAUAAUCAGGGAGUAGGCUCAGACCCUGAUCAUCAAGGGGUCCCUGGUACUUACUUUCCUCUUAGGAGAGGUGGUAGAGUUACUCUCUAUCAAGAUGCCCAUGUUCAUGAUGGUUGCCUUCCCAAUCUGGAGCUUGAUGGCAGGGUUCAGUAUGAGCAGGGGAAUUGUUGGCAAGACAUGUUUGAUGCAAUAAGUCAGGCCCGCCGUUUGAUAUACAUUACUGGGUGGUCAGUGUACCACAAGGUUAGAUUGGUCCGGAAUAAAGAUGAGACAACAGAUUACAUGUUAGGGGAUCUUCUUAAGACCAAAUCACAGGAAGGUGUGAGGGUGCUGCUUCUUGUUUGGGAUGAUCCAACUUCAAGGAGCAUUUUGGGAUAUAAAACGGAAGGGGUCAUGCAAACUUAUGAUGAGGAGACUAGGCGUUUCUUCAAGCACUCUUCAGUCCAAGUGCUACUUUGCCCUCGAUCUGCUGUAAAGGGUAGCUGGGUCAAAAAGCAGGAAGCUGGAACAAUCUAUACCCAUCAUCAGAAAACAGUGCUUGUGGAUGCUGAUGCUGGCCAUUCUAAAAGAAAGAUCAUUGCAUUUGUUGGAGGUCUUGAUUUAUGCAUGGGGCGCUAUGACACUCCAGAGCAUUCUAUCUUUAGGAGUAUGAAGACUCUGCACAAAGAUGACUGUCGUAACCCUACUUUCUCGGAGCGUGCUGUUGGUUGUCCAAGGCAGCCAUGGCAUGAUUUGCACAGUAAAAUUGAUGGUCCAGCAGCGUAUGACGUCCUCACCAAUUUUGAGGAGCGUUGGUUGAAGGCUUCAAAACCACACGGUCUUCAGAAACUGAAAACACCACAUGAUGAUGCAUUACUCAGGAUUGAGAGAAUUCCUGAAAUUAUUGGGAUAGCGGAUGUUCCUUGCCUGAGUGGAGAUGAUCUAGAAGCUUGGGAUGUUCAGGUUUUCCGUUCAAUUGAUUCCAAUUCCGUGAAAGGAUUUCCGAAGGACUCAAAGUAUGCUGCAAGCAUGAACCUGGUUUGUGGGAAGCAUGAGCUGAUAGACAUGAGUAUACAUGCAGCAUAUGUCAAGGCAAUCCGUGCAGCUCAACAUUUUAUUUACAUAGAGAACCAGUACUUCCUUGGGUCAUCAUAUAAUUGGAACUUAUACAAUGAUUUAGGUGCAAACAAUUUAAUACCAAUGGAAAUUGCUCUUAAAAUCGUAAAUAAAAUCAAAGCAAAUGAGAGAUUUUGUGUAUACAUUGUUAUCCCCAUGUGGCCAGAAGGUGUUCCUACAAGCACUCCUAUUCAACGAAUUCUCUUUUGGCAGCAUAAAACAAUGCAAAUGAUGUAUGAAAUGAUUUACAAAGCUCUAAAGGAGGUUGGACUUGACAAUAAGUAUUGUCCACAAGACUACUUGAAUUUCUUUUGCCUUGGGAAUCGUGAGACGCCAAGUGGUGAAGACAACUCUGCUGCAAAGGCAAACAAAAAAGAAGCAAACGCUCCUCAAGCACUCACUCGGAAGUACCGACGCUUUAUGAUCUACGUCCAUUCCAAAGGAAUGAUAGUGGACGAUGAGUAUGUCAUCUUGGGAUCUGCAAAUAUCAAUCAGCGAUCCAUGGAAGGUACCCGAGAUACUGAAAUAGCAAUGGGGGCAUAUCAGCCUCAGCAUACCUGGGCUAGCAAACGCUCAAGUCCACAUGGACAGAUAUAUGGAUAUAGAAUGUCACUGUGGGCAGAGCACAUUGGAUCUCUUGAAGAAUGUUUCAAGCAACCAGAGAGCAUCGAAUGCAUGAGACGGGUACGGUCUUUGAGUGAGCAGAACUGGAGGCAAUAUGCAGCCGAUGAGAUUACAGAAAUGAAGAGUCACCUCCUAAAAUAUCCAGUUGAAGUUGAUCAAACAGGCAAGGUGAAGGCACUUCCUGGCUGUGAAACAUUUCCAGAUGUUGGUGGCAACAUACUGGGGGCAUUUACAGCCAUCCAAGAAAAUCUCACCAUCUGA